GCGUAGACCAAGUAGAUACAAGACUUUUUCCUAAUUCAAAGUUACUGAGUAGUAUAUAUAUUUAUGCUACAUAAUUACAUAUUAUUAUAUAAACCUUAUCUAAUUUAAGUUUAUAGUUUAUAGAAGUUAAUAAGUUACUACUGCUUUUGUACUAAUUUAAGACACCAUAUAAACCGUUUUCAACCACCAUUUAUUCUAGAGCAAAACAUUUCUAAAGCUUAAACAAGAAAAUCUAAAGGAUGAAGAUAUCCAUUCUCUAUCUUUUGAUAUUUUUAGCAAGUUUUCAUGUUUUAUAUUUAUUUUGCUCUAUUGAGGCUAGAAAGAGUAGUGUUCUAAGUCGUAAUAAACACCAAAAGCACAAACAUAACAAAGGUAAAGGUAAAUCAGGUUAUCAUUGUCCAACUCCAGCGGAUGAACCCUUAGUUCCUCCUCAUACUUACCCAAAAAUAUCAAAUGUCCUCUCCUUUGGGGCCAAAGGUGAUGGAGCUACCGAUGAUUCGGAGGCAUUGUUAGAAGCAUGGAAAGCUGCAUGCAAAGUAGAAGGUGCAACAGUGGAAAUCCCUUCAGGUUAUAAGUUCUUAAUUAAACCUAUAACCCUCCAAGGUCCUUGUCUGCCACAACUUGUUCUUCAGAUAGAUGGAACAGUAUUGGCUCCUUCAAAAUUAAGUUGUUGGCCUAAAUCUGGUUUGUUUCAAUGGAUAAAUUUCAAAUGGGUGCAAAACUUCACCAUUCAAGGCAGUGGAGUUGUUGAUGGCCAAGGUUCUGAGUGGUGGAUUUCUUCCCAGCCUACUACAUAUAAGAAGACAUAUCGUCAACAUGUACAAGUUCCAAGCAUGAAACCAACAGCAAUAAGAUUCUACUCCAGCAACAGCAUAACAGUUCGUGAUAUAAGUAUAAGAAGUAGUCCUCUUGUUCAUCUGAAAUUUGAUGAUUCAGUAGGAGUUCAAGUGCAUAACAUAACCAUUUCAUCUCCAGAAGAUAGUCCUAACACUGAUGGAAUUCAUCUUCAAAACAGUCGAGAUGUUCAAAUUCAUCAUUCCACCAUUGGUUGUGGAGAUGACUGUGUAUCCAUUCAAACUGGCUGCUCCAACAUUCAUGUACACCAUGUAAAUUGCGGUCCUGGUCAUGGUAUAAGUUUGGGAGGGUUAGGAAAGGAUCGAAGCAUCGCUUGUGUUUCAGAUAUUGUUGUAGAGGAUAUCAUCAUGCAAAAUACUUUAUUUGGAGCUAGGAUCAAAACAUGGCCGGGUGGUAUUGGAUCAGUGAAAAACAUAACAUUUUCCAACAUACAAGUGAGUGAUGUUAAAGUUCCAAUAGUAAUUGACCAAUACUACUGUGCAAACAAUUUUCAUUGCAAGAAUGAGACAGGGGCAGUAGCAAUUUCUAACGUGCAGUACAGUAAUAUAUUAGGAACUUAUUCUGCUCAACCUAUUCAUCUUGCUUGUAGCAAUGAUAUUCCUUGCCAUGGUGUUGAUCUUAUUAACAUUCAAAUGAAGCCCUCGCCUUCAAAUCGAGGCCUUCAACAAGCUUUGUGUAGUAACUCCUAUGGAAGAAUUGAAGCUCCUUUGGUUCCUCAAAGCAUAGAUUAUUGUUUAAGGGAGAGUAAUAGACAAGUUCCUAGAUUGCAAAGGUCUCAUGAGAAAGUUUGCCAACGAGGCUAUUGAAGUUUUAGGGUUGUUUUAGUUUCUUGUUUUUAAAGUUUAGAUUUGUUUUCUAUAGUUAUUGUAAAUGUUGAUAGUUUGCAUAACAGCCAGAAACUUAUAAGCCGAAGGUUGUUGUUUUAUUAUAUGCUAGGUACUCUAUUAUGCUCAUCCUUUUGUUUUUCCUUAGGGUGUGCUCAUCUUGAUCGAAAGAGCAUUGUAUAUGGAGUAAUAAUUUGGCUCGUGUGUACCAUCCAACUUAAGUGUUUUCUAUUUUCUUUUAUGGAUUAUCAAAUUUGAUAAUAUAGGCAUGACUUAUAUGACUUAAGUAUGUUUGAUAAGAAUU